AUGGGUAAUACAAUGUGGGAACUUUUUUGCAUCGAACAUGGUAUAAGUCCUGAUGGAUUCGUUAUGAAAAAUAGAGAAAAUUGUAAAAAUCUUUUAGGAGAUUCCGCUCAAACAUUUUUUUCACAAGCAGAAGAAAAGAUGAUACCCAGGUUGGUAAUGGUUGACUUGGAACCAACGGUUUUAGAUAGCGUCAGAGCGGGAAAAUAUCGAUCGCUUUAUCAUCCUGAUCAAUUAAUUUCCGGUAAAGAAGAUGCUUGUAGUAAUUUUGCAAGAGGACAUGACACCGUUGGAAAAGAAAUGUUGGAUGCUGCUUUUGGUGGUAUAAAAAAAAUAGCUGAAAAUUGUGAAGGAUUACAAGGAUUUAUGAUGUUUCAUUCAUGCGGGGGAGGAACGGGUUCCGGUUUUGCAUCUUUGCUCAUGGAAAAAAUCGUUACGGAAUUUUCAAAAAAAAGUCAUUUGGAAUAUGUCGUGUAUCCGGCACCGCAAUUUUCCAGUUCCGUCGUCGAACCUUAUAAUUCUGUUUUAUCAUUACAUAGCACACUUCAAUCCGAUUAUUCCGAUUGUACGUUCAUGAUUGAUAACGAAGCACUUUACGACAUUUGUCAGAAAAAAUUAUGCAUUGAAAGGCCGACAUUUUCAACCCUUAAUAGAAUGUUGGCUCAAGUUGUGUCUUCGAUAACAGCCUCACUAAGAUUUACAGGAAUGCUUAACGUCGAUUUAUCCGAAUAUCAAGUUAAUCUUGUACCGUUUCCUCGACUUCAUUUUCCUUUGACAACUUAUGCACCCAUCACGAAUCAAACAAAGGUUUUUCACGAACAAUUAUCCAUUCACGACAUAACAUGCGAAUGUUUUGAAAAUUCAAAUCAAUUGGUGAAAUGUAAUAUAAAAAAUGGAACGUUUAUCGCAUGUUGUCUUCUUUACAGAGGAGAUAUCGUAUCGAAUGAUAUUAAAUCCGCAAUAAGAAGUAUUCGAAAUAGGAAAACCGUUGAUUUUGUCGAAUGGUGUCCAACAGGAUUUAAAGUCGGAAUAAAUUUUCAACCCCCAAGUAAAUUUCCACAUGAUGAAAUGGCAAGAAUUCAAAGGGCUGUUUGCAUGCUUGCUAAUACGACAGCAAUAACGGAACCUUGGGAAAAAUUAGGGAAAAAAUUUGAUUUGAUGUUUAAUAAAAAAGCUUUUAUUCACUGGUAUUUAAAUGAAGGAAUGGAAGAAGAACAUUUUCUUGAAUCUAGAACAAAUUUUGAAAUGUUACAAAUAGAUUAUAAAGAAGUUCAAAAAGACAUGCAUCCAUUUUUAAAUGCACAAUCACCAGAAGUUUAA